AUGUCGAUUCCAUAUCUGCUUUACACUAAGGAGGAGCUCCAGCCCUAUCGACGAUUCCCGAAGAUCCUUAGGGAAAUGAAGUUCGCGAGCAAUUUCGUAAGGAACCAAGACGCGUUCCCAUUCAUAUCUCUUCCCGCGGAACUUCGGAUCAAGGUGUACCACUUCCACUUCGCCUUCUCGGAGCCGAUCGAGUUCUGCGCCGAGACGGACACCACGAACCAUGAUUACUAG